CGGCGGCCGUGCCUCCGCGCGGGCGCGCGGGCAUGCCGACACCCACUCGGCCGGUCCCGGCGUCCCGGCUCCCGGAAGCGGAAGGGGAGCGCGGCCCGGCCUGGGCGGCGGAGGCGCGGAGCCGAGUGGAGAGCUGCGGCGCGGGCGGCGGUACUUACAGGGAACUGUUAAUGACGGGAGGCCCAUAUGAUGAAAUAAGUAAAUAAAGAAAUAAAUAAAAGAAUGACUCAAGAAGAUACUACUUCUCAAUGCAAGUGCCAGACAAAGUACAGCUCAUCUCAGUGAAUCUGCAAGUUGGUUGUCUUCCUGUGGGUUGGCAGGCAGUUCUAGGACUGCAGGAUGGGUCUUCGGAUUCACUUUGUUGUUGACCCACAUGGUUGGUGCUGCAUGGGUUUGAUUGUCUUUGUCUGGUUAUACAAUAUUGUUUUAAUUCCCAAAAUUGUCCUCUUUCCUCACUAUGAAGAAGGACAUAUUCCAGGCAUUUUAAUAAUAAUAUUCUAUGGCAUUUCCAUAUUCUGUCUGGUUGCCUUAGUGAGGGCCUCCUUAACUGAUCCUGGAAGACUCCCUGAAAACCCCAAGAUCCCACAUGCAGAACGGGAGCUCUGGGAGCUGUGCAACAAGUGUAAUCUGAUGAGGCCAAAGCGUUCCCAUCACUGCAGCCGCUGUGGCCACUGUGUGAGGAGGAUGGACCACCACUGUCCUUGGAUAAACAACUGUGUGGGUGAGGACAACCACUGGCUCUUCCUGCAGCUCUGCUUCUACACCGAACUUCUCACGUGCUACGCACUGAUGUUUUCUUUCUGCCACUAUUACUACUUCCUUCCGCUGAAAAAGCGUAAUUUGGACCUCUUUGUUGUUCGGCAUGAGCUGGCUAUCAUGAGACUAGCUGCCUUUAUGGGCAUUACUAUGUUAGUUGGAAUAACAGGACUCUUUUAUACACAACUGAUUGGCAUCAUCACAGAUACAACAUCUAUUGAAAAGAUGUCAAACUGUUGUGAAGAAAUAUCGCGGCCCCGGAAGCCAUGGCAGCAGACCUUCUCAGAGGUUUUUGGCACUCGUUGGAAGAUCCUGUGGUUCAUUCCUUUCAGGCAGAGGCAACCACUGCGCGUUCCCUACCACUUUGCCAAUCACGUCUAACAGAUGGAUGGUGGGCACAGAUGGGUCCUCCAUGCUGGAAAUGCGUUACAGGUUUUAUGAGAAUAGAACUAUGACAGUCUUCAAGUCAAUUAAAAUCCACCCACCAAUCUUAGGCAUCAUAAUGUGCCCCAGGCUUUAUUUUAAUAGUGAUCUUGAUCCUGUUGUGGGACUAAUACAAGAUCUAUAUUUAAGUUUUAAAAGCAUGUUUACUUUCAAAUUAGCCUUCCACUAGGAUUUCUUUAAAUGCUUUUGUUACUAAACUCAAAAGGCAGUGAUUCGGAUGAAAUAAUUGUACAUAAAUUUCCUUCAGUACUCACAGUAUCUUAAAUUUUAAUUUAUAGGAAAUUUGAGAUGUUUAAUGUUUACCUUUAAGCAGUACUAACCAAAUUUGAAUUUAAUUCUUCAGGUUUACAAAACUUGGUACACUUUCUUAUGUGUAAAUUUUCUUUUUUGAAUAUGUUACAAUGCUUUUUACUACUUCCUUUUACAGUGCUGCAGGCUUUUAACAUGCAGUGUAGGGUGAGCAGCAGAGGACAGCUGGCCUAGGAGCAGCUCUCCGGGCCUUCCUUCUUUCCUGCUCCUCAGAGGCGAAGCAAGGUGCACGAGUCAUGCGCCAACUGCUACCUUAUUAGAAACGAGAACCUCACUGUCCCUUCCGCUGCGGUAGUGAUUGUUACAGGAUGUUUGCUCCCGGGAAAAUUAGUGACCAGUCAGGCAUCUAGUCCUGUUUUCCCCUAGGAUUCUAAAGACUGAAAAGAAUAGGAAGUUUGCAAUAAUUCCAGUUACUUCUUCAAGUGCAGUUAUAUCAGAAUGCAGAUGUUUUAAAAUGCUAAUAUAACUGGAUGGUGUGUAAUACACAGUAUACAAAGGAAUACUGUGUUUUAAAGUAUGUAUAUUUUUACUUACCUGCCAGUAGAUCUCUCUGUACACAUUGAUGGUUUAUAUAUUAUAUAAUAGAUACUGGUCAACUCAGAUCAAAGUUUAAAAGUAGGUCAUUAACUUUAUAUAUCAGUAAUCACCCAGGUUGAAAUUGAAUUUCCAUUGCCCAGUUAUGAUUUACAUCACUCUAGAGACCUUUUAUUAAUAGCUGAUGCCAAGAAAUUAUCUUAAAGAAGAAUAGUCCAUGGUAGUGAUGGUCCUUGACAUGGAGCCUUUUUGUAUUUGAAGACAUUUUUGUAUAAUUUAAUUUUUUCAUUUAGAACACUGCAAAUCCAUAUGUUUGAAAAGUGUGUGUGCUAGUGAUCUUUCCCCUGAAAAUAAUAGUGAAGAAAGCUACUACUCCUGAACCAUAUACAUACUUUUCUUAAGGUUGUUGUAAAGUACAGAAUCAUAGCUGGGAAAUGCUGAGACAGAGAUAAUUAUUGUUAGCUAGUCAGCUGUACUGUGGCUAGUUCUUUCAGAUACUGUAAAUGUCUUAUAAAAUAUUCUGAAGUAAUAGAAUAAGCUCUUUUCAGAAAUAUUAAUGCCAUAUUUUCAUGUUCUAAUUAUGUUUAUUAUUUAAAGUCUUAGAAGUGGCAGAUGAAAAUAUUUAUUGGUGCUAAGACAUUUAGUAAGUUUAAUAUAAGAAACAUUUAUAAAGGUUAGGAAACAUAAAAUUAGUGUGUUUAUUUUAAGAAAAGGGGUUGGAUUUUGUGCAAGCUGAUUGACUAAAUUGGCUGAUGACAGAUUCUAAAAGGAAGUGGUGUAUAUAUAAUGUAGGGAGAUACAAGUUGAUGCCUUCAGCUGUAUAUAUUCUAUUCACAUAAGACCUGGAGCAUCCAUAGCAGAGCCAAAUAAAGGCCUGGUAUGGAGCUUUGUAGACUUGCUUAUAUUCUGGAGUAGCAGUAGCUCUGACACAAGGUAAUGGGAAUGAUCUCUUUCCCAUACUGAGGAUUGUGGGUAUGGUUUUCUUAGGUUUACCACUUCUAGGGCACAUUCUCUUCCCUUUGUCUUUACUCUCCUGGGUCCCGAUCCUCUCCACAGUUUCUUUGAGUCAUUGGACUACAAACUAAUGCACUAGUUUGAGCUACAGAAAUGCUACUGUCAAUGUAUUUACAUAAUCUAUAUUGCAGUAUAUCUAUAUAUACUUAUGCAGUAUUGUCAAAUGUAUGUCUAACCCCACGAGGGGUUUGUAAUCACUGUUGGAUUCCUGGAGAAACGCCUAUUGGCCAUUUCCUAGGGAUUAAGCUCCUAUGUUCUUUCUGCGCCCUCUUUUGGCUAAUUGAUGUAAUUAUACUGGCUCUAGGCUUUCACUGUCCCAUUAGUGGGUUGUAUCUCCAAUCUGUGAACAUGUCAGAGGUACACACUUAUGGGAAUAUAUGUAGAAAAGUGUAAAAUUUUAUGAAAAUUGAAAAUGAAUGUGUUACUGUUGGUGAUGCUCCUUCUAGGUAAAUUGCUUGGCUUCAUGUAUGUGUAUUCUUGUACACUUUACUGUCAAUCACAAAUUUAGAUUAGGAUAAGCUAUUUCAUAUUUUACUUUAAACCUUAUUUUGGUAAUUUAAUUCGUUAUCAUUAUGAAGACUUACUUUAAAAUUACUAUUUUAUUACAGAACAAAACAUUUAUUACAAUUGCUGUGGCAACCAUGUUAUCCAAUGUGUUUUACUGAAUAUCAAAAAAAUACAUUUAAUUUUUCAGUUCAGUAUUGGAGUGGUCUCACACAUACACAGACUCAAUUGCCUUAAAUAAUUAAUAAUUGAUUAAUAAUACUAUUUUUUCUUUGCUUUUUAAGAAACCUUCUCAGUCAGUUAAGCCUGUAGAUUCCAUAGUCGCCUCCCUUGUCACUCUGAAUAGCCCUGGGAAUGACUGCAUGUGUGGCGUGCUGGAAAGCACCUAGCAGUGAGAUUGCCUUUCAGUCUGUAUAUUAUGUUGAAGUAUUUGUUUAUAAGUUCCCAUUUAAGUUUAGCAAAAUGUGUGUUAAAUGAUAUUUUACAUUAGCAGAAUCAUUUCUUGGGCUUCUGGAGUUAAAAUAUUAUUAUUGGGCUGCAGUUACACUUGGCAAACAAUUAGGGAUGGGCCUGCAAGGUGGCUCAGCACAGAAAGGCAUUUGCUGUGCAAGACUGGUGACCAGAUUGUUUCCAGAACCCAUUUAAAGGUGAAAGUGAAGAAAAAAACAAAAACAAAAACCAAACCUGGCUCCACAGAGUUGUGCUCUGACCUCUAGAAACAUGCUUGGCACACAGGCUCCUCCCCAGCAUCAUGUGCGCGUGCGCACGCUCUCUCUCUCUCUCUCUCUCUCUCUCUCUCUCUCUCUCUCUCACACACACACACACACACACACAAUCUUUAAAACUUUAAUUGGAUAAGUUUAAUGUAGGCAACAAUGGACUUAGUUCAUAGUCUCUUAAACAUUAAGUGAGCUAUUUAAGAGUCUUGGUACUUUGUAACCAGACUUGUUUCAAAUUACUAAGCUAGCUGAUGUUACAUGAAAAUAAAAACACUAUUUUGUUUAAAAAUUAUUUUAAAAUAUCUUAGUUAAUAUGAAAGAGCCAUUUACAAUUGUAGCUAACAUAGUAACUCUGUUUCAGAAGACAGUUUACUUAAUAGUAAUAAAGUAGGGGCUGGGUGUACCUCAGUGACGGUGCACAAGAGGCCCUGGUUCAAGACCAGGAGGAGAAAGGGAGAGAUGUAGAGGAAGUGAGGCAGCCCUCUCAGCUAACACUGGACCAUCUCCCUAAUGCGGAGAGGUGGCUCCAGUAAGGAUGGUAGCUCAUUCUAACCAGUCUUAAUCGACUUCAAGUUACUUCUAAACAAGUAACUGUUUUGUGUGAAGGAUGUGUUAAUCCUAAACACUAAUCACAAAGAUCCAAAUUAUGAGCACACUUCCAAACAGGAAGUACCAAUGAAUUUAGAUGAAAGCCACAUAGUUUCCUAUGUUAGAUCAUAGGUAGUUUGAAUGUUCUUACAUGCAUUGCUAAAAAUCACAACCUGUCUUGCAGUGGCUUAAUAUGGCACUAAUAUUCAUUAACAUUUGCUAAUUUUUGUCUAGACUGUCUGUCUGUUCUCUGGCUAGUUAGUUCUCUUGUAUGUCACGUGUCCGAUAACCUAGCUACAGUUCACUAAACUAUAGAAGUUCAUUAUGUAAAUUUUGACAUGAACUCUACUACAUGGAUAUAUUGGAAAUUUAUUACAAACAUUAUAUAUUUACUAAUAGUUAAAACAUUAGACUUUCAUCCACCUCUAUUAAUGCUUUGAAAAUUACAAGUAUUGGCAAAUGUAGUUAGUAAGUCCUAUAAACUUAGUGUGUUCUACUUGCUAGUAUUAUUGACCAUAUAGUUAACUAAUGAGUGAGUAUAUGAUUCAGUACCCACAUCUGUUGCCUUCUGUUGUAGGUACCAUGCUCAGAAUUUACCUACCCAUACAGAUUUUAGCAUAGUUAUGUUUAGCUGUUCUUAGAUUCUACUAUACUCUAUAGCAGACGUGGGGAAAGAUUAGAAGCUGUUUACUUGAAGUAUUUUAUCCCAGUAUCGUCAUUGACUGUAGGAACUAAUAGUUAGCAUUUAUGCUGCCUUUGUGAUGGUUUAACUUCAAGAAGUGACUUUUCUCACUUCCAUUAUCUUUCUGCUUUUUUUUUUUUUAAACAAAAUUUAUUUUUAAAAGCCAUUUUGUUAAAACCAAAUAACAUUUUUAUCAGUUCUUUAGAUGUGGCAAUAUUAUCUGCUAGUGAUAAUUUGGAACAAAUUAUUAUUAUUUGAAGACAGUGUUUCACUGGCUUUGAACUCAGAAUCCUUCUACCUUCGCCUCCCAGGUUCUGGGGUUACAGUCGUCAUAUGCUGCUGUGUUUGGCUUCAUGCUUAACAUUCUUGAGUCAUUGGUAUUACUGAUGUCAUUAUCAUAUCUUUUACUAUAUUGUUGUUUUUCCUCCCCACGUACCCUAGAGUUCAGGUACCAAUGAGCAGUGAAUAGCCAAAAAUUGGAUAAAGAAAGUAGGAGCAUUAGUAGGAUGGAGAGAAGGCUGAAUGGACAUGAAUAAUCAGCCUCUCUGCAAAAGAGUUGACUGGGCCUGGGCCUGGGAUACCAGAGACUCCCCUUGCCAUCUCCUCAUCCCCGGCUAGCACCAUUUACUGUAAGAGUUGUUUGUUCUGGAAAGCAUUUGCUCCGAGUUAUUUCAUCUCCACUUAUAUUGCUCUUUCUCUUCAGCUGGCCAGAUGCUCUUGAGAGAUGGUUUUUAAUUUUAGAGAAUUGUGUAGGCUAUGUUAACCUGCAUCGAUUUUAACAUGCACAUGUUAAAAUAACAUGGAAGUGCAGCUGUGUGAUACAGAGGAGAAAUCAUAGGUUGCCCGACAUUUGAGAAAACUGGAACCUAUUUUAGCAGUCUCUUAGGGCAAAAAAGAACACUGAGUCACCAGAGAAAAUCAACAGUUUAGGUAUGAAGGAUGGUUUACACUUUAAAGAUUGGGGUCUUCUGCUGUUCUUAAGACCCUGGCGGUCUUCGUUUCUGUUGGCAUUUUUAAUUCAUUGCCUCGUGUGUGUGCUGGUAGUGCUUCCCACACUUGCUCAACUGUAUAAUUAACUAAUUACACACAUAUUAACAUAUUUUUCAUCUCAGAAGCUUUAUGUGUAAAGAUGUGGCCUGAACUGCCAUAACCAGACCAUCUCCUUUUGUAGCUUUGCUUGCCCAUUUCACUCAGCAUGGUGUCUGAUCGUUUGUAGGCUGUCAGUUAAGAGAGAAGAUUGUGUGCGUACUGUGAGCUUUGUGUCCGAGCCAGUGUGGAUGGAUGGUGUUUUAACCUCCUGGUGCCUGAAACUUGUGUUUUACAACCUGGGCAACUAAAACAUCCUGGUGCUAUUCACUUUAGCUUUGAGUUACAGUUUUAAUUCUUGAACCAAAGAGUUAAUUUUCUUUUUGGUUGGCUGGAAGUUAGCUUCUCACAUCUAUGUCUGAAGAAGUGAACAGUUGAUGGAGCUUACUUUCUCUGUGUGCUGGCUUGGCAGAGUCAGUUGAAAAUGAUAGUUAUUUAGACUUAGUUUUCAUUCUGUUAUGCAGAGUGGUGUGGGUUUUAAUUUUGUAUUUUAAUAUAGUGUGGCUACUUUAUAAGGUCUUUUACUAGCUGAAGCUACUAAAAUUAUUGAAUCACUUUUCCCCUUGGUUUCACUUUGGCAGAGAAGAAAAACAUUAUUUCUAUAAGCAAAGUAUUCUAUUAGACACAAAUGCUAAAAGAAAGGGCAAAUAAUGUGUCCAUUUUUAAUUACAAGUCAAGAAUUUAGCAUUUCUCUCUAUGUGGGUAUAAUCCUUAAUGGCUUAAAGAAUGGUAUAGGUAUUUGCCUAUUUUUGAAAAUAAGAUGAAAUUAAAGGACACUUUAAAAAAAUAUAAACCAUAUACACACUUUCCCAAUAGGAAAUGCAAAAGUACCUUGAUUUGAGCAAACAUCAACUUCUUGAACAGAAGUUGAACUUUACAAUAGAAGCAGUCUGGAUGCUGCUGCUUACAUGGAAAUUAGAAUAAGAUUGUUUUACAAACAGAUUUUUUUAGUGAUUCAUUUCACAUGACUGGCAGAACACAGUCCUAUGGAUGGACUUGUCUGGAGGUAAUACUGCUGCAUGUGGUUGGCGUCCCUGUUCUUCCCCAGAAGCUCUACAGACACUCAUCAUGUCUCCUUAAAACUGAAGCUGAGUGACUGACGGACUCAGGCCAGGAAGUGACAGAGCAGGCGGCUGGGAAAGUUGACAGUCUCACUGACAUAGCUCUGUUGUUUCCAUCGGCUUCAGUCUGUGUCUCCUUAAUGUUGAUCCAGUAUGUGGUUUGGCAGUGAAUUCUGAAUGGAAAAAAGAAUCAAGUCUAAAACUUGAGAGGUGACGAACUCAUGUGCAUGAAGUAUGUCCAGAUGAGCAGAUAAGAGAGGAAGCAGGCACUGGGUGGGGAGGGCGGCGGGGAGGGCAGCACUGUGUCCCUUGUGAGUUGUGUCGCCACUGGAUUGACCCAUAAUAAUCCUACUCCUUGUCCAUUGUUCAAAAGGUAGAAUGUAGUAAUUUUUCCCAAGUUGUAGAUAGGAACCAAUUUACCACUGCUUUCUGUGUCUUGGUGUGAUUAUUAAAAAGCAAAGAAAAAAUUAAUAUAGAUAGAAAAAAAUCAACUGAAGGUAAAAAAGGAAGAAAUUCCACCCCAAUCAGAGGUAUGCAGAUCAGUGGGUUGUGAGCCCAAGACAGAAGAGGCUCUUGGGAAAACCGAGUUCGUGGACCAUGAUAGAUGAGCACACUCUGUGCCUGGGAUUACUCUGGCAAAUGCAGUCACCACCUGUGUCAUUUUGAGACUCCUAAAAUUCGAUGUCAGCCCCAAUUCUCACAUAUUCCUAAUGAAAGACCCUUCCUGAGUUGUAAUAAUGGUGUUACUGUCAGUGUCUAGGAAGACCCUGUCUGAAAGCUUGCCGUGUGCUUUUCAGUCAGCUGUAGUGUGUGUGAGCCUGAGGGCAAUUGCCUGCCUUGUCUGCUGUUUUGCUUUGUCUUACCCUAAGAAAAUCUUCACUAACAUUUCGAGUGUAAUGAGGGGGAGAGUGCGUAAGAGAAGCAAGAGUGCUUCGAGGAGAGGAAGGAUGCUGAGAGGUGGGAACUGUGAGAGGCCUCAUUUGUCUAGAUGAGAAGUCUACACUGCUUCUUGGAGGGAAAACGAACUGUGUAUCUACCUUAAGAACAACAUUGCUUUUAAUUUAUUUUAGUGAUUUGUUUUAUUCAUGUAAUGUUCUAUUUUCUUUGCAAAUUGCUUUUAAUUUAAAUUGUGGAAUUUUUACUUCUCUUGAGAUGUACUAUGUACUGUAUUUUUAGAAAUCUUAUUUUUAAAUAAAUAUUUUUGAAAAACA